AUGGACGGGCUGGUCAAUACAAUUUCCAUUGAGGUGUGCCUAUGGGCUGAUUUUCUAGACCGUGUGGUCCAUUGCCGGCUUUAUGGUGCUGGACUUGCCGCUAUCAUAGGCACCUACGUUAUUAUCUGGGGAAGUUUGCUCGAUACGUUGCUGUUUGCUCUCAUUCUUGACCCAAAGCUACCGCUUCUGUUUGUGCGCCAAUAUGUCACCCAGGUGAAUACAGCGGCGACGUCUCUGUUGGCUGGGCUUCUGUUGUUGCUUAUAGCCAACUUGGUCUCUUCCGCUACGAAGAAGGACAAUCCUUUGCGCGCCUUUGUGCCACCGGUCUUUAUUCCCAGUCGGACCACGCACACUCGUUUAUUCCCUAAGAAACAUUCUUUCUCCUACUCUUAUCUAACGGUUGGAAUACCUGUUGGAUUUAAGGGGAGAGCUAGCACACUACUUUCUGUCGAUACCUCAUCCUUGGGAUGGAGCUGGCUCCAGAGGGCUCUCUCAUAUACCCUGUUUACUGUGGAUGGCACAGACUAUCUUGCCCGCGGGACCAACCGUAGUGGACUACGGGGGAAACUUGAAGAAUUUCUUCGCAGCGAGGAUGUUGAUCCCUCCAAGUACCCUCACGCCUAUCUCAUCACUGCGGCCAAGUUCUUAGGCUAUCAUUUUAAUCCAGUUUCCUUUUGGUAUCUUUAUACUGAGGAAAAGAAGCUCGAUGCCAUAGUAUUGGAGGUCAACAACACAUUUGGCGAACGCCGACCCUAUAUUGUGUUCAGAGGGAAGGACGACGAAGAAUCUUCCGCAAUGGAGCGAAGUCAGAUCACAGGCUCAUGGGACAAGGACUUCCAUGUCUCACCCUUUAAUUCUCGUAAAGGAUCAUACAGCUUACUUGCCAGAGAUCCACUCAACACAUCUAUGACCAAGUUUCACGGCCUCGACGUCACUAUUCGACUCAGUUCGUCCAAAGAACACUCAAAGCUUGUCGCCCGGUUGUUUGGUGACGGGCCACCAGUUGAUGCGCGGGAGUUGUCAGCUUUGCAGACUGUAAAAUUUGUCAUGAGCUGGUGCUGGAUCGGGUUUGUCACGUUUCCUAGAAUCGUCAAGGAAGCGGCCGCUCUCUUCUUCAAGCGGAGUCUGCAUGUUUGGUAUAGACCAGAACCACUGAAAACGACGCUCGGGAGAGUUGCGACGUCUGUUGAAGCUGACUUGGAGCUGUGCUUUCGGCAAUACUUACAGUCCGUUGUCGAAAGUUCGAAGGAACCGUUGGCUGUCAAGUACACGCCCUCUGGUAUUACAAACUAUGUUCCAACGACGUACCGGUCGCCUACCUCCGCCCAAGUCGACCCCCGCAUUAUCGAACUUCAAGUCUUGACGCCGGCAUUUUACUCCCGUAUCGUGCAAUACACCAAUACCAGCAGAGCGAUCAUUGAGGAAGCCGAGCAAGAUUUGACCAUCUGGACAGACGAUGUUGCUACGCUCGGACAGCUCUUCACCGUGAUGGAAUCGAACGACUCGACGAACAACUGGUUUCUAGAAUCGGUUUACUUUCGAGCCAUACAGCUACUGCGCCGACUGCCCGAACGGAUUAGCCGACCGUUAACCUCUGCUGAAACCACACCAAUGCCGCAGAAAGAUUGCGAGACAAGACCAUACAGGGCAUCAUCCAUGGAUGUAUUCUUUUCAAAGGCUAGCCGACCGCUGAAGACGUCGUAUAGGCAGGCUACCUUGCAGCAAUUGAUCACGGAGCGCUUCUUCCUAGGUAUACCAGAGCUGUUACCAGUAGGUAUCCUAUUGGCGAAGAUUGGUAUGUUUUUCGCAGUCAAGACUGCUGUACGAGGCACAUUCCUUGUUUGGUGA